GGCAACCGAUGAAGCGCUUUGGUGAGGACAGAUGGAGAUAUUGACGGAUAAAGAAGCUGACGGGUUUAGAAAUGUCAAGUGUUGAGCAACGUUCCUAAAGAUGGAGAACGAUACAAACCACACACAAGACCGUACGCACAAAACGCAGGAGAGUGAGGAGGGAGACGGACAGAACAGUGCGCGCGCUCUACUUGGGUUCGUACUCUUUCUUCUGAUCGUCUCCACGCUCCUUGGGAACACGUUGGUGUGCGCCGCCGUGGUCAAAUUCAGGCACCUGCGUUCCAAAGUGACCAACUUUUUCGUAAUUUCUCUGGCAGUGUCUGACCUCUUCGUGGCGGUCCUGGUGAUGCCGUGGGAGGCGAUUUCCGCGGUGACGGGCACGUGGCUCUUCGGCCGGUUUUGCGGCAUCUGGAUCGCCUUUGACAUCAUGUGCUCCACCGCAUCUAUUCUAAACCUGUGCAUCAUCAGCCUGGAUCGCUACUGGGCCAUCGCGAGCCCUUUCCGCUACGAGCGCAAAAUGACCCACCGAGUGGCUUUCAUGAUGAUCGGGGUGGCAUGGACCCUGUCCAUCCUCAUCUCCUUUAUCCCAGUUCAGCUCAACUGGCACAUGGCAAACGACGAGGAGGAGGGCGCCGCGGGCAACGGCACCAACUAUACCGACAACUGCAAAGCCAAUCUGAACAGGACUUACGCCAUCUCCUCUUCCCUGAUAAGUUUCUACAUUCCCGUUAUCAUCAUGAUAGCCACUUACACGAGGAUAUUUCGUAUUGCGCAAACACAGAUCCGCAGGAUCUCCUCUUUGGAGAGGGCAGUGGAGCACGCGCAAAACCACCACCAGUCCAACGACUGCUCCCACGAGAACUCUCUCAAAACCACAUUUAAGAAAGAGACUAAGGUUUUAAAAACACUCUCCAUCAUCAUGGGGGUCUUUGUGUUUUGCUGGCUGCCGUUUUUCGUGAUUAACUGCAUGGUACCCUUCUGUCAGUGCGUAAGUGACACCACGUUUACCAUCUUUGUUUGGUUCGGAUGGGCAAAUUCCUCCCUAAAUCCCGUCAUUUACGCAUUUAACGCAGACUUCAGGAAAGCAUUCUCGUCUAUUUUGGGCUGCAAUAAAAUGUUCCCUAGCACUGCAGUUGAGACGGUGAAUUUCAGCAAUGAACUGGUUUCCUAUCACCACGACACGACGCUCCAGAAGGAAGCGCAGCCGCUGGCCGUGCAACUGCCGCACGCCGUCUCCAACACUCGAGAGGAGCAAUGCCUCCCGUUUGAUAAGGAUUCGAUGUCGCGGAACCAUAAAAACCUGCUGUUGCCCAACAUUGCGCAGCUCGAGUGCGACGGGGAGAUUUCCCUGGAUACGAUCACACCGUUUACCACUGGACUCAUGGAGUGCGAAGGACUCCCUGGUCAGAUCAUUAAUGAAUGA